AUAUAUAUAUAUAAUUUAUAUUUGUAUUUAUAUUUUCUAUAUUUAUUAUUAAUGUAGUAAAUACUAAAUAGAAAGUUAGGUCACGCCGCCUCUAUCAUCUCUUGGUCACUCUCUCGUCUCGGCCUCUCGUCUGACGCCGUCGCCGGCGUUCAAUCGUCUCUCCUUCUCAGUCUCCGGCGUUCAUCGCCGAUCGUCUCUACUUCUCAGAAGUCUCCGAUCAUUCGCUGGCGCUUGGCUCUCCCUAACCGUUGCUUUGCUUUGUUGUGUUGCCGUUGGCUACGAUACUUUUUGCACUUCAAUCGGAUUAUUUUUCUAAUAACUUUUGCUUAAGAAAUUUAGGUUUGUUAUUUGCAGAAGAAAAGAAUGAGGUUGGAGAAGUGUUGGUUCUGUUCCUCCCCUAUAUAUCCAGGACAUGGUAUUCAGUUUGUUCGCAAUGAUGCAACGAUUUUUAGAUUUUGUCGAUCAAAAUGCCACAAGAACUUCAAGAUGAAGAGAAAUCCUCGUAAAGUAAAAUGGACUAAGGCUUAUAGGAGGUUGCAUGGAAAGGAUAUGACAAAGGACUCUACUUUUGAAUUUGAGAGGUGGCGUCAUAGACCACAUAAAUAUGACAGAAAUGUCACUGAAGAUACAUUGAAGGCUAUUAAGAAGAUUGAUAAAAUCAGAAUGGAUAGGGAGUCGAGACAUAUUGCACGCAGACACCAAGGAAAGAAAGCAAAGGAGUUCAGAGAGGCAAAGAAGGAAUUGGAUCAAAGCAUCAGUUUGGUCAAAGCACCUUCCGUUCUCAAGGAGGAUCCUUCCCUCACCCUUCCAAAGCUCAAAGUCAAAGUGGUACCAACACAAUCAGAGCAAGAUCGUAUGGAAGAAUGAGUUUUCAAUCUUAUAUCACUAUAUCAAAUAUUUACGUAGUAGUUACGUUUUAACAUAUCUAGAACUGUCACAGUUCUUGUGCAGUGGUAGAUUAUCUUUGUUUGUCCUUGCGCAAGCAUGGUUGUCAUGUACAAUUUCAUUUUGAUAAUGUGUUUUUUUGACUUUAAUAGACAAACUUCUAAAAAAUUUUAUUGAAUCAUAUCCAACCGGUUUUUGCAGUUU